AUGACCGCUCGUUCCCCAAUGGAUGUACAUAGAGCAAAACAUCACAACUGGGAUAGGAAACCUGUCGACAUAGAGCUGGUUCUUGAUGCCCGAGAAAAGGCUCGAGAACAAAUGCUGAAUGCAGAAAAUAAAAAAUUGGAGAAGGAUAGAGCAGAGAGAAUGAAAAACCGAGUUAUUAAGAUGAUAAGUACCGUUGUUGCGACCGCUGCGCUGGAAAAAGCCGGGACAGGUGUAGAAACACAGCCAAAGUUGGUUCCUUUGAAGGUCGUCCCAUCGCCAACUGCGCUAGGCAUCUCAAAAUUCAGUAUUCUCAAUGUCGUGAAGAGCAGUGCACAUCAUCGAUCAAAGUCUCAAGGUUCGCCUCCUCCUCAUAGUGUACAUGCUGCUGGGAGUUACAAAAAGCAUCAGGCAAAAGUGUUCAUACCUCCCCCAAGCGAAGAAUUUGAUAGAAAUGUAGAGACUCAAAGCCGAGCUUUUGCCAUCGAAAAUGAAGUUGGGAACGCCGUACGACAAAGAUUGGACGUCGACAACGAAAUUGAGAGCCAAAGGAUAGCAUAUCUGUUUGAAAAAGGAGUAGAA